UUUCUGAGUGGGACCUUGUUUCGAGAGACACCCUCGGGAAGCAUAGAUUCUGGGAGUCUUCAAGCUAGCGGCGUAGCACCGUGGCCCGGAACAAGUCCGGACGAAGGACACGGACACAUCCCUCCCGCGCCCGGACAGCCUAUCCGAGACAAUGACCUGCUAAACAUGUUCAUCGACCUGAUCGGCAAUAUGAAAGCAUCCAUAGAUAGCAACCCGGAUGCAGCCAACCCGUAUAUCCAACACUACAUUCCGUUUUGUCUCAGAUCGCCUCUCCUAACUCGCGUGGCCAUAUGCACAGCUGCAGGAUGGCUCCAUGUGGCGGGUAUCAUUGACACGACGGUAGCGAUGGCACAUAAGGGGCAAGCUAUAGCGCUCUUGAAUGAGCAUAUUAAGUCAAGCCUGGUAGCCGGAGACGAAGGAAUAGCCGGAGUUGUUCAGCUCAUUAUCAACGAGUGGUAUUGGGGCGAAAAGCAAUCCCUCCAUGCACAUAUGGGCGGCCUCUGUGAGAUGAUUAAACUUCGUGGUGGGUUUCGAACGCUGGGGCUGAACGGGCUGAUUAGCAAACUUGCCAUAACGUCGGACGUUGGAAUUGCAUUGUGUUUUGAGAUACCACCUUCUUUGCGAGGUGGCCCCGAGUUUGACUUUCAAGACAGCACCCAGCCCCCGUUGCAGCUGGCCCUGAACACGCCCUUGAUACCGAUGAUAUCAUCGGGAUCUCUCCCACACUUUGCUUCAUGCCACGAGGAGUUUGACAUAGACCCCACCACGGCCUCGAUCCUGGACGAUAUGCGGUUCCUUGUUUGCACAGUCCUCGGGCUUCCUGAGAACGCUUCCCCGACGGAACUACAGAAACUGCAUCACACGGCUGCUUGGACUCAUGACCAGAUGUUGAGGCUUUCGACGGAAGGUCCUGUAACGAGACGACCUUCUUCGAGACCAGCCAACGCUCCAUCUCCGGCAGUGGACAUGACACUUGAGUCACGAACCAGGGGGGUUGUGGAGGGUAAUAACGGGCUUACGGCGGCUGCAUCACCUACAACACAAAACACCCAGCAAUUUUCAGCAUAUGGUCUCGGAGUUCAACAGCAGGCAACGGGACGCAGUUCCGAGGUCAGCGCGGGGGAGAUGCCGAAAGAAAGAAAAGGAAGUUUGGGAGGAGACUUAGCUGUGCAACCCAGUCCUGAAGGCCCGGACUAUGUGUACCAAGCCAUCAGGAUAUCGGCAAUCCUGUACACUCGAGCCAUCAUGACACGGCGUCCGUUCAGCGAAGUGGUCAGCAUGCAGGAUUUCCUGGAGCUCUGGACGACGGCGUGGAGGGUUCCGCUGGCUAAAUGGCGUUGUUUGCUGGGAGUCUUUAACUGGAUGCUUCUGCCUCUGAUAUCAAGUGUAAAGAACACAGGACAUGAUCUGUGGGUCAAGUCAAUGAUGAACACCACCCUGCUGCAAAUGGGUAUGGGGCAUUGGGAGAUUGCGCAUAGUGCCAUGGACGCGGCCAUGCGGCUUCAACGCUGGCUGAAGGGCGACAGCGUCAACCUGAAGGAAAACACUGGAUCGUCAAACAUGGAGCCUGGAAGCAGCAGGAGUAGGAGCGGCAGUGCCAGGAACGAGCUUGGAAAGGAAUUCGACGAGCGUCGUGGGAGUGACGACAAGUCGAAGACGACGAGACUGGCGAAGGGAAAGGGGAAGGAGGCUGAACCGAGGUGAAGUUGGAGCACUGCCCUCGCUGCCAUAUGCCGAUGCCAUAACACUGGGAAAGCCUGAAGGCAACAAGUGACUUGGAAAGAACGGAAUGCAGAGCGCAGGUAAGUAGGUACCUAGGUACCCGCGCAAAUCUCAAGGCUGCCUUGCGCACCUUCCGUCAUCUGAUCUCAUUUAAGAUUUGGAUGGUUCUCUUCAUGUACACUAAGUACUGCAGGAGGAGCCAGCGCUAUGAUCAAGCGUACCAAACGGAGAUAGCAUGGUAUUGAGUAGCGUCAGGCGUGUACUCGUGUGGUACGAACUGGAAGUCCAACAGCUAUGAAUUCGUUGUGUUUGU